AUGGAGCAAGUGCCCCGGGAACAGUUCGUGCCUCCCGACGCACGGGAAAUGGCCUAUCUGAACAUUCCCCUGCCCAUUGGUCGGGGCCAGACCGUUUCCCAGCCCUACAUUGUGGCGCGGAUGACCGAGUUGCUGGAGUUGAGGGGCAACGAAAGGGCCCUCGAGGUGGGUACGGGCAGCGGUUACCAGACGGCGAUUCUCUCCUUGCUGCUUCCCCGGGGUCACCUCUAUACCGUUGAACGGGACUUGCGGCUAUUUGAGGCGACCCGAGCACGUCUGGAGGAACAGGGUUACCACAACGUAACCGCAGAAAUGGCAACCAACGCCCUGGGCGCCGCCGACUAUGCCCCCUUUGAUGCCAUCAUUGUCACCGCCGCCUGCCCCCGCCUGCCCGAUAGCCUGGUGGCACAGCUUGCCGUGGGCGGGCGGUUGGUAGCUCCAGUAGGACCACGGAAUGAGCAAGACCUUAUUGUAGCGCGCCGCACCGAUGAGGGCCUUUCAGUCAGCGUUAUGGGCAAGUGCCGGUUUGUGCCGCUGCUGGGGCCGGAGGGGUUCGGGGAGAAUUAG